UUCCCUCUAUCGAAUUCGUCGGCCAUAUUGAAAAAGUUCACUUCGCGGUGCUAGUUCCGUUUGUCAAUUCUUUUCUAUUUCUUUUCCAUUAAAAUGGCACCGAAGAAACCAACUGAGAAGUCUGGCGAGAAAAAGGCAGCACCAGCUGCUUCAAGCUCAUCCGAGAAAAAGGAUACCAAAAAGGCUGCACCAGCCAAGAAACCAGCCGCUGCUGCUAAACCAGCUGCAGCUAAACCAGCUGAAAAGAAACCAGCCGCCGCUAAACCAGCUGCAGCUAAACCAGCUGCAUCAAAGGCAUCCGCCUCAAAAGCAUCGGCCGCCAAACCAGCCGCCAAGCGUCCAGCAGGUGAAGCUAAGGCUACAGCUGCCAAAAAGACAGCUACCUCAGCCAAGCCAGCCGACAAAAAGAAUGUCGCCAAGAAGCCAGUGGCCAAGAAGACAACCGCUUCGAAAACCGCUAAGCCAGCUGCCAAAAAGAAGGUUACCACCGCUAAAAAACAACCAACCAAAGCUGGUGCCAAAUUGGCUGCCAAAGUAAAGGCAUUGAAGAAACCAUCAAAGGUUGCCGUUUCAGCUAAAAACAAGAAGGCUGCUGCUGCCGUCGUUCGUGCCAAGAAGGUACAAAAGAAAGUUGUCAAAGGUCCAUUCGGAACACGAACACGCAAAGUGCGCACCAGUGUUACAUUCCGUCGUCCAAAGACAUUGGCUUUGCCACGGAAUCCAAAAUACCCACGCAAGUCGGUGCCAACCAGAGACCGCAUGGACCCAUUCAAUAUUGUCAAAUACCCAUUGACAACUGAAGCCGCCAUGAAGAAAAUCGAAGACAACAACACCUUGGUAUUCUUGACACAUUUGCGUGCAAACAAACACCACGUGCGAGCUGCUGUCCGCAAACUUUAUGACAUUAAAGUAGCUAAAGUGAACUUGUUGAUUAGACCCGAUGGACAAAAGAAAGCCUAUGUUCGCUUGGCCCGCGACUACGAUGCUCUAGAUAUCGCAAACAAAAUCGGCAUCAUAUAAAUUGUUCAGCCCCGGCGCAUACAGAUUUUCUACUUCGUUUUUUCGAAUUUGCCUCAAAAUGGUUAUGAUUGUUGCUGAAAUGUAGUUUCGCUCAAAUCCACUUCAAAUAAAUUUGAAAACACGGGAAGAAAAACAAA